CCCCAAUUCACAUCCGGGGACAGCCAUCACGUUCAACACAUCUGAACGACCGCCACGCAGUGCGCACGACGGUGUCAGCUAUUCUUCCGGCGCGAGUAGCGACAGCGACUGACCGUCAUACGACCAUGUCAGCCAUAGCAUCGGCGCCAAACACCGCAGACCAAGAUGGAGGCGUGCUUGGCACCGUUUCUAAUCUCGCCUCGCACCACAAUACCGCCAGCACCAGUGAUGGGGCGACUCUCUGCGCCCGCCUGAAACAACUCUUGUCGCGCGCCGAAGAAGUCCUAGACAGGUUCUCGAGAAGCCGGGCAGAGCUUGAGACGCUUGAAGAGAUCUUCAAGCAGGGUUGGCUCAACAUACGCGAACAGACCCAGGCGGGCGACACGAAGGCACGAUCUCCCCAAUCUCAAGGCCAAGAUUCCGAUACAAGUUCCACAGACAUCACGUCUAACAUCCAGACGGCAACAUCGAACGAGGUCUCGGCCAGCUCAGCGCUGCGUCCUCGUCGCGUCGCGCCUGCAUCUGACCGUCUCUUGUCUCCCAACAUGCAGCAGCAGCCUGCUGCUGCUGCAUCCAACAAAGAGAUCGCGCCGAUCAACGAUACUACUGAGACACAACCAGCGGCGCCGACGGUCGAGAAGGAUCAGCAAGCCAACAGCAGCGACGGAGGAGCGGCGGAUACUCUUCAGCAGCAUCUUAGCUGUGGCCAAGUGCCUUCGUCCAGUGCACCAACGCCCGACGAUGGAUCCGCCAGCAGCAGUGAGGAUGGUUCCACGCCUGCGACAAGCCCUGACAGUGGCUGUGCCAGCAACAACACGACCACAGAAGGCACCGAGGGCGAGAGCAUGACGGACACCACCACCCAUGCAAGCAGCAACCUGCAUGAACAACGCGAUGGGGUCGGCAUGUCCACCAACGUUGAAGCACAAGUCUCCACAAACGCGGUAGCGACCACUGGCGACAAGGCAAUCGAGCCCGCCAGGACCGCUGACGACACUCCGACGACUCCAGAUCCUCUCGGCAGCGGCUCAGAUCUCAAUCGGCCAGGCGACAAAGACCUUCCGAGCGGCGUCGCAGACGAACACCGUGGCAGAGCUCAUGAGCCUAGCGAUGAGCAAUCCAAUCCAGGCGUGGCCAGUAGUGGCGAUGCUACCAUCAUGUCCAAUCGCAAUGUUCCAAAGUUCUUGCCCAUGGAUUCACCGCCUGCGCACAACGAUGACCUCCAACGAUGCUAUACCUACAAAGGAUUUCCAAGCUCGAAUGCCUUUGGAGAUGGUUUGCUGGGUCUGGAAGGUAGGAGCGAAGACCUACCCCAAUGCGCGUGGGCGCUUGAAGCAGGCAUUCAAGCUAUGCCAGUGUGUUGCACAACGUAUCGUUUCUGGCAGCAUCAGUGUGGGCGCAAACCACAUAGGCAACUUACAGCGGGCUAUCUCUUACUAGCUCUCGUCCUAACGUUCAUCUUAAUGUGUGCAUGUUGUACGUGCCCCCUGGUUGAUUUGUGCUAGCAUCAUCAAGCGCGAUCUCUAUUGCAGAUAACUAAUGGGUUUUUGUGCUGGUACGAGACCAGUGUCGCUGCUUUUCAUCUAGGAAUCAGACUCAUU